GUCCUUCGUCAUUUCCCGAAUGUUGACGUAAUGACCUACCCUGCGUCUACAAUCCCUCAUCUCUUCGUGUUCGUUGUGUGCUCUGGCCGACGCCGUCGCUGCCUUCAUAAGCACCGCUCGCUUUCUUCAUCCACCGGCGAGGCAGCGCGACUUGCUCGGCCAAUUGUUGAAAGCUUCCGCUGUUGUUUUGGUUGGUCAUGGUGUGAAGCGCAGCUUCGAUCCAACAAGGAGUUAACCAGCGCGAAGCGAGUGCAUGUGAAGCUCAGACGAGCAGUGUUGCUGGACGAUCUGUGGUGCUUGUUUUAUUGGCUUGAGACUAAAUAGAGUUGCCUCAUCAAUUGUUCUUCGUCCAUUCGCUGUGUUUCUCCAUUUUGGUCCCAGAAGCAUUCAUCACUUGAACCUACCGAAGGGUGGAACUGAAUAGCAAAUAUAGAAACAUGGAAGCCGAGGGUAAAGUAACCCUAGCCAUGUAAUCGUUUUCCUGAUGCUGCAUCUAAUCGGAGGAGUUCCGAAUAUCAGAGCCUUGGUGUACGAUUUAAUGUUGGCAGCUCCGAUGACCAGCACAGCUUCCUGGCAGGUAUUGGGGUUCCUUGUUGCUGUCAUCUUUUUCCACUCCUCUGAGUACAUGCUUGCUAUCUUCUUCCACGGCCGGUCCAAUGUCACCCUCAGCUCCCUUUUGAUUAGCAAGAAUUAUGUAAUUGCGAUGACUUGUGCACUGCUGGAAUAUGCUAUAGAGUCUCUCUUAUUUCCAAGUCUGAAAGAGCAUUGGUGGGUUAGUAGUAUUGGACUUUUGAUGGUACUAUUUGGAGAGUUUAUUCGUAAAGCUGCUGUUCUUACUGCUGGCCAGUCUUUCACACAUAUGAUUAGAAGAAAUCAUGAAGAUGACCAUGAAUUGAUUACUCAUGGUAUUUACAGAUUUAUCCGCCACCCUGGCUACUCUGGAUUCUUCAUUUGGGCAGCUGGAACACAGGUUAUGCUCUGCAAUCCAGUCUCCACCAUCGGUUUCAUAACUGUCCUUUGGCGAUUUUUCUCGACGCGAAUACCAUACGAAGAAUUUUUCUUGAGGCAAUUUUUCGGUUCACAGUAUGUAGAAUAUGCAAGAAGAGUGCCAUCUGGUCUUCCUUUUGUUAGAUAAAAUCUGUAAUAUCUAUGCGCAGGCUGCGACGCAUGGAAGUGCAACAGAAUCACCAACGCCUACUCUACUCAGCCGAUGACAUUCAACAGAGAAAAUAUAAUUCACAUCGCAUUUUCACUUCCUCCGAGUAGGUCACCUUGUAAUCAGAAAUUUGUCGUGUGUUUCAUGUUUUGGUUUGAAUGUUUGUGGAGAGACUCAUAAGUUUUUAUAUGAUGAUUAGACUUUGGGUGUGGUUGUUGGAGCACCAGAUAAAGCAAACUGCUGCAAGAUCCUCAUUUCUUAAAAUAAUAUUUUACUUAUUGUUUACUAUCCGAAA